GCCAGCCGGGCAGCGUCUGGCAGCUGCUGAGGGAGGGGAGUCUCUGGGCAGGAGAGUGAGACCGUUCACACGUGGUCUCCGGUAUCGGAAGAGCUGCCGCCUACGGCACCGAGUGACUGCUCUCCCCUCCCCAAGGCCGCCAUUCCCCCCACCGGUCCUUUAUCUGUGUUAGUGCGCGGUGUCGUCUUUGUGCAGCAGGUGUCACCACAGCAUCGCUGACGUCAUGGACUGCGACAUCAUGGAGAAUGACAUCUUGGAGGCUCUGGAGGAUCUUGGGUAUAAAGGAUCUUUAAUGGAUGAUGGAGCUUUAAACCAAGCAGUCUGCCAGGGUGCCCUUUCCCCGGAAUAUACUAAGCUGUGUGCCUGGCUGGUGUCAGAGUUAAAAAGGUUCUGUAAAUUAGAAGAAAAUGUGGAGGCUACCAACAGUCCAGAUGAAUCAGAAGGUUUCCAGCUGGAAAUGAGUGGCCUUCUGACAGAAAUGAUUUGUCCAUAUGUAUGUUUGACAUCUGGAGAUGUGACUAAACGCCUACUUGAAAAAGAAAACUGCCUCCUUCUCUUAACAUAUCUUCUAUCUGAGCUCGAAGCUGUACGAAUGUUGGCUGUGAGCAUCCCAGGAAAAAAAUCAGAAGAUGGUGAAGGCAGUGAGGUGUUUAAGGAAUUGAAGUGUAUUUGUAUGACACUUGGAAUGUCAAAACCUCCAGCCAGUAUAACAAUGUUCCAGUUCUUCAGUGGAAUUGAAAAGAAGUUGAAGGAAACGUUAUCAAAAGUGCCACCUAAUCAUAUAGGAAAGCCUCUGCUAAGCAAGCCCCUUGGGCCAUCUCAUUGGGAAAAGAUUGAAGCAAUUAAUCAAGCCAUAGCAAAUGAAUAUGACGUCCGGAGGAAAAUGUUGGUAAAGCGACUAGAUGUUACUGUGCAGUCGUUUGGUUGGUCAGACAGAGCAAAGAGUCAGUCUGAGAAACUUGGGAAAGUGUAUCAGCCCAAACGUGCAGCUUUACCCGUAAAAGGUGCUAUUUCUGUUGCCCACCUUUUGGCUGCCCGGCAGGAUUUGUCAAAAAUUCUAAGAACUAGCAGUGGGUCUAUCCGGGAAAAAACAGCCUGUGCUAUAAAUAAGGUGUUGAUGGGAAGAGUUCCUGACCGAGGCGGCAGACCCAACGAGAUUGAGCCCCCUCCUCCAGAGAUGCCUCCCUGGCAGAAAAGACAAGAUGGUCCCCCACAAGGUGGAGGUGGCAGUAGAGGUGGAGGAAGAGGAGGCUAUGAGCAGUCAUAUGGAGGACGAGGAGGCUAUGAACAAGGAGGUGGACGAGGCGGAGGAGGAGGCCGUGGAAGUUAUGACUAUGGUGGCAGAGGAGGUAGAGGAGGCAAAGUUCAUGGUGGCUGGACAGACUCUAGUAGUAACUAUCAAGACAGUGGCUAUCGUGAUAGUGGAUUUCAAUCUAGUGGCUACCAAGGCAGCGGAGGAGGAUACCAAAGUGGUGGAGGGGGUGGAUAUCAAGGAGGAGGUGGAUAUCAGGGCACAGGUGGUGGUUACCAAGGUGGAGGAGGAUAUCAGGGAGGUGGUGGGUACCAAGGUGGAGGAGGCUAUGGAAAUUACCAAGGAUCGUCCUAUUCUGGAAGUGGAUACCAGAGUGGUGGCUAUCAGCAAGAUAACAGAUAUCAAGAUGGUGGCUCCCACAGUGAUCGAGGUGGUAGUCGUGGAGGCGGAAGAGGAGGACGAGGCAGUCGGGGUGGAAGAGGAAACCAAGGUGGUGGAUGGGGUGGUCGAGGUGCACAAAACUAUAACCAGGGUGGGCAGUUUGAGCAGCACUUUCAGCAUGGAGGUUAUCAGUAUAAUCAGUCUGGGUUUGGACAAGGAAGACACUACACAAGUUGAGUUUAUUGAGAGUUCAGCUUACAAUAGAGCUCAGGUAAUAGAAUCGACCUGCUCAGAUGAGUGCUGUAUUAAGAGAAUACAUGCAGGCUUCUUUAUACAAUUUUUGCGUGAAAAACUAAAACCUGAAACAUGCAUGGACCUUACAAAUAAGGGUGUGCUCCUACAGUUGGUUUUUCUCAGAAGUGCAAUUUGCCAUGAUUACAACUAGAACGCAUGCACACCUUUCAUACAGCCCAAUACCGGAUCUGAUUUUAUGGCUGAAGUGCCGUAGCUUUCUUGAAUAGUGAUGACUGGCCACCAGUGCUGUGAUAGAGGUGAAUGCACACAUUUACAACACUUGCACAAGACAGGUAUACUUAAGGUAAUAAACACAAUAACUGACUGUAUGUUCAGUGCUGCAGUACAUACAUCUUCCAAGUUUUCUUCAUCAUAAAUGUUCGAUUUGCAAAGUAACCUUUAUUGCCUAGGACUGUUUCUGACAGGCACAUUUUUAUUACAUGAGCUCUAUUCCUUUCUAUACAGCAUAGCACGGGUUGAUACUACACCUCAAGGGCUGUAAAAAGGCCAGGGUUGAAAGAAUAGAUGGACACAGGAGGCUGAAAAAACAGUGACAACAUCAGUUUUGGUGGAGCAUCUCUAUUAAAAAUUGUCUACAAUUGGCGCCAUGCACUCUUCUGUAAUUAAUUGAAUUGUUCUUCCUUUCUGGCCUGGAUUUGUACUCGGCAACAUCUACCACAUUCAUCUCCCAGCAGGUCAAUACCACUCAACAGGCAGUGUAAAUUCUCACAUAGAUGACUCCAUGAAUGCUAAGGGAAGUUACCACACACCAGUAAUAAUUUUACUUUCCAGCUAACUGAGAAAAAACAAAAAUUACUUGAAUAUAGUGUUGAGACUUAAUUUUCUUCAUUUUGUUUGUUUGCAAAUUUAUACCACUGACUAAAAGUGGGGUUUUCCUUUUCCAUCCUCUGUGAAGAAGUGCACUACUUUGGGCAACCGUUUAUGCCCAGCAAAGUCCCUUAUUAAUGCUGCGAAAGGCACAGCCUUACUGAGUUGUGAUCUUUAUAAUUAAAGGCUAUGGUACAUGCAGUAGUUUGAGCACUACUUUUGGGCAGUAAUAACAAGCUGAUACUCGCCUGGGGUUGUCUCUUACCCACUUUAAGAGGAAGAACCAUGGGUCUUCUGGGAGCAACAGUCAGAAAUAUGCAUUAGGGUAGUUUGCCCGCUGGAAUUAUAUUCAGGUGAAUGGGAACUGACCCCAGGUAGGUAAUGGCAAUCAAAGUGCUGCAUGCACCAUAAGCUUAUGCCUUUACCAACAGCCACAUACUUUUUUUUUUUACUAAGUUUACUUUGUAAAUAAGCAUUGUCAAGCUGUGAAAGAAAACAGUAGAAGGUGUGCUGAUUGUAUGAAAGGUGAGCAAUAAAGAUUCCUUAUGGGUUCUGUCUAUAUA